AUGAAGGUCCUCGAAGCAAGAUGUGCCUACCUCACCAAUGCAGAGGUGUUUCAAUACAUUCGGCAGAUGGAAGAAGAACAAAAUGAGCGUGCUACUAAAAGGGGUUCUGCUACAGCACUUGUAUGCGAAAACUUGCGUACUGUGCAAUUCGAAUUGCUCAAGUAUCUCAGAACUUUGACGAAUAGCGAGAAGGUCGAUGAAAAAACGCUGUUGGAGUGCAUUGAAAAACUGGCUCCAUUCAAUCUUACAAAGGCAGAACGGCUAAUGAUUAUAAACAACAAGCCUUCUAGUCAACCGGAAAUCUAUGGCUGUGUUGAAGACAUUGAAAAUCGUCUGACUGACGAACAAGUCAAUAAAUUAGUAGAAGCUGUCGCAAGCUUCCCUUAA